CACCACACCAUUUCUGCUCCUAUCUUUUCCAGACCCAAUCUCACUCAAUCGAUUCUAUCCGAUUCUAUUUAAUUAUCCAAAGCUAGACAUGGUCAGGAUCCGCAAGAACUUGAAGGUCUCGCCGCUCCAGUUCUUCCCCGACGUAGCUCCCGAGGAUCUGCAGCCCCAUAUCUGCAAGCUGAACCAGUCCCCAUGGGAUUCCAGCUCAUGCCCUUUCGACCUCGACUGCUCGUCGUCGGCGCUCCAGUUCCAAGGUGGGGAGGGUUUUAUCGGAAAUGGGAGCUUGGGGGAUUCUAUUGCAGCUGUCGAGAGCGUUGCGUCGCCGAUGGAUAUCGACAAGGCAGAGGUGGCGGCCGGCGAUGUGUCCGAUAACGUCGAGAAAGUAUUUGCCAGGUGUCAAAGGACCGACGGCAGGAGCUGGCAAUGCAAGAAGGAAGCGAAAGAAGGUUUCUUAUUUUGUGAUCACCAUCUCCGAAGAUCGUCCGCUGGUAACAACAACGUUAAUAGCAAUGGCAAUAUUCUUCCCUCCAAUUUCGUGGGUUCGAAAAAGGACACGACGGUCCAGGCCAAGACGCUAGCCGGAACCCGCCGUGGUCGGCCCAAGGCGGUGAAGAAGGGGCCGAACGCCGCGAACCCUUAUGAAUUCUACUACUAUUCGGGAUUCGGCCCCAAAUGGGGCCGAAAGAGAGGCAAGAAAGGCCAGGUGGGGGAGGAGGAGGAUGAAGAGAACGAGGAGGCUAAUAAUGUUGAGGCAGCAGCUGCAAAUGUAGCAGCUUCUGCUAGUAGUAGUAGUGUUAACACCGAUCCCCAACCUUCUUCACCUCACGACGUUGGUAAUGGGGGUCAAUUGGACUAUAUGGAAGACGACUUUGACGACGAGGAUGGGAGCGACGAAGAAGGCUGCCCGAGGAGGAUGAGGAGGCCGGUGAAGGCUCGAUCCUUGAUGUCCAUAAUCAAUGUAAAAGCUCAAGAAUAACAACAAUGUAUCAAAAGUGUGCUAAUGUUGUUGUUAGGGUUACCAAUCCGGUAAAAUUUUGUGUUGUACACAGCGUCGUGUUUUGUGGAGGGUGAGGAUAGUGCCUCCCCUACUAUUCACGACAGAGUUAGAGAGAGCUUUGAAAGCGUGUGAGUGUGAGUCGGCUAGUGAGUGUGUUAAUUGUUUUAAGUUUAAUUAAUGCAAGGGUAAUGUUGUAAUUUC